UGAAAUCGAUUAACACGCACUCUGGAUUCUUGAUUGAUCAAUCACGACAAGCCAGAAUAAAGAAACACAUCUUGAGGGACUCGAAUAUAUGCUCGUCGUCCCUUCUUUGUGAAGAGACCUAAAAUUCUUUCAUGGUGGGCUUUUAUGGGCUUCUUUAAAUUACCGUGCAGGCAAAGCAAAACCAAACGCCAUUUUUACGCUUCACGACUGGUGAAUCUUGAAAGAGCCUCAGGCCCUCAACUCAAUGGAGUCCUCAGUGGCAGCCGAUCUGAUUCAAUUCUUGAAUGCUUCUCCAACAGCUUUUCACGCAGUUGAGGAAGCCAAGAAGAAGUUGAUAAGUGCGGGGUAUAAACAAGUAUCGGAGAGAGAGGACUGGGAUUUAGAUGCUGGCAAGAAAUAUUUCUUCACCAGGAAUCACUCCACUAUUGUUGCUUUUGCUAUCGGUGAAAAAUAUGUUGCCGGGAAUGGAUUUUAUAUAGUUGGUGCUCACACCGAUAGUCCCUGCCUGAAAGUAAAGCCAGUUUCAAAGGUAUCAAAAGGUGGGUUUUUGGAAGUCGGCGUGCAAACGUAUGGAGGGGGCUUGUGGCAUACAUGGUUUGACCGCGAUUUAAGUAUUGCUGGAAGAAUAAUAAUAAGAGAAUGGAAAGAUGGUUCAGAAUCGUACUCACACGAGCUUGUAAGGAUUGAGGAGCCUAUAAUGCGAAUCCCUACAUUGGCAAUUCACUUGGACAGAGGAGUUAAUGAUGGAUUCAAGGUGAACUCGGAGAGUCAUCUUGCUCCAGUAUUGGCUACAUCAGUUAAGGGUGAGCUCAACAAACCAGUUGCUGAGAAUGGUUCUGUUGAAAGUGUAGUUCCAACCGACGGGAAGAAAAUCAAGGAAACAAAAAACAGUCCGAAGCAUCAUUCCCUUCUUUUGCAGCUUAUUGCAGCUCGGACAGGAUGUGAACCUGAUGACAUUUGUGAUUUUGAAUUGCAAGCAUGUGAUACUCAACCAAGUACCAUUGCUGGUGCCAUGAAUGAAUUUAUUUUCUCUGGAAGACUGGAUAAUCUAUGCAUGUCAUUUUGUUCUUUAAAGGCAUUGAUCGAGUCGACCUCCUCUGAAAGUAGUCUCCAAGAUGAGACUGGUGUAAGAAUGGUGGCCUUGUUCGAUCACGAGGAAGUUGGAUCUGAUUCAGCACAAGGAGCUGGAUCUCCUGUCAUGUUGGAUGCUUUAUCACGAAUCACAAGUUCCUUUAGCUCAGAUACAAAGUUGCUACCAAAAGCAAUUCAGAGGAGUUUCCUAGUCUCAGCUGACAUGGCUCAUGCCUUGCAUCCUAAUUACAUGGAUAGGCAUGAAGAAAAUCAUCAACCUAGAAUGCAUAGUGGGCUGGUCAUUAAGCACAAUGCAAAUCAACGAUAUGCAACCAAUGCAGUUACUUCCUUUGUAUUCCGGGAGAUAGCAACCAAGCACGGUCUUCCUAUACAGGAUUUUGUGGUUCGGAACGACAUGCCCUGUGGUUCAACCAUCGGUCCCAUUUUGGCAAGUGGUGUAGGCAUCCGCACGGUUGACGUUGGAGCUCCUCAGUUGUCAAUGCACAGUAUUAGAGAAAUGUGUGCAGUUGAUGAUGUUGAGCAUUCGUAUGAGCACUUCAAGGCAUUUUUUGAAGAGUUCUCGCAUUUGGAUGCAAAAAUUACUGUGGACAUCUAGGAUUUGUUAAGAAUGUGCACUUUCUUUAGUAAUGUCGUAUUUGCAUUGUAGUUUGGAUGAAAUCUAACUGUUUCUUAAGUUAAUAGAUUGGAUUUUCAAGUCAUGUAAAUAAUUGAAAUGCUGUUGACCUUCUAGGACACGUUUGGAAGAUCCAUCAGCACUUUGCUUCCUUCCCUUAUGUUUAUGAAUCAUUUGAUCAUGCAUAUCAAACUUGAA